UAUGUUUAUGGAUAAAUAAAUUAAUAAGAGUAAAUAAAUUAAGGAAAAUUGUUAUUAGAAGUUUAAAAAUACGAUUUUAGCUAAAAAAUAUGAUGGAUUGAAAAUAAAACAAUAAAUUUAUUAGGUAUCAUCUUAGAGUAUGAGGAAUAGAAAGAAAUUAUUAGAAUCAUUUUAAAAAAUAAAAGCUAAAUAUAGGAUUGAAUAUUCAAAUUUUACAAUAUUUUAUAGGAGUAAGAUUGAAGAAAGAAUUUGAUCUUAGAGAUAUUGGAAGAUAAUUGUAAGAAUUAGAAAUAGUUUAAUACUGAGAGAAUGAGAAAUAGAAGAAAGAAGAAUAAAAAGAUAAAGCGAAAUUAGUUAUAGAGAAAGAAAUUAAGGAUAUAAAAAUAAAUAAAAGAAUGAUAUUCAAUAAGAAUUAGAAUAAGUAAGUUAAUGGUAAUAAUAAGAAUAAUUUAAAAGUAUUGCAAGUGAAUAUGUUAUGAGGAAG